UACGAGGGGAUUAUCACAGAAGGAAAUCACGACCUGGUCCAUCACAUGGAAGUGUUUCACUGCGAAGUCAGCCCACGUCAUCGUCUGCCAUCCUACAGCGGACCGGGAAUGUCCGAAGGUCAACCGGAAGGUCUUGAUGUCUGUAGGAGAGUUAUCGGUGCUUGGGCCAUGGGCGCACGGGCGAUGAUUUACCCAGAAGAAGCUGGUGUUCCUGUAGGAGGUCGUGACUGGUCGAGGGUUGCCUUGUUGGAAGUCCACUUCAACAAUCCAAGGAAGGCCACAGGUCGCUUGGACAGCUCUGGUAUUCGCUUCUACGUGACGUCACACUUGAGGAACUACGAUGCCGGUAUCAUGGAGCUAGGCCUAGAGUACACCAACAAAAUGGCCAUCCCUCCGCGACAAAAACGGUUCCAGCUUCGCGGCUACUGCACGCAUGAGUGCACACAACGAGUGUUCACGAAGCACGUGCGGAAAGGGCGUGAGUUGUCGGAGCUGAAUAGGGACAACCAUUACAGUCCGCAUUUUCAGGAGAUCAGAAGGCUGGCGCAGACGGUGAAUGUAUUACCUGGCGACGAUUUGAUCACAACCUGCGAGUAUGAUACUUCCGCGCGACCACUGGCAACUGUGGGCGGGUUCUCCAUCUCUGACGAAAUGUGCGUGAACUACAUUCACUACUACCCAAAGUCGGAGCUGGAAGUCUGCAAGAGCUCGGUUCAAACCCACGAGCUUGACACUUUCAUGUUUCUGUUGAAUAGACUAGAAGGUGCCCAUGUCUAUCAUGAAGCGGGAUAUCGUGCGAACUACAAGAACAUCGACUGGUCACCAACCAACGUCCAUCUUCUCAAGACGCUUUAUGACACCUCUUUGCUGUCGAUGCAGUGCAACAAGUCAGACGGUACUCGUUUCCCUGGCGACUGGGAGCAUAUUAGACCCUCACAGAUCACAGAACCUUUUAACAGCCAACACCCUGACACAAUAUGCUAA